AUGGAUCCUGCCAUGCACGAGUUCGACAGGGUCGCCGGGGAGGUCCUUAAACUCUUUCCCGUAGUCGUCAUGAUCGUGGCCACAGUUGGAGCCCAGAUGUGCUUCACGGUCAUUCUAUCAAAAAUUGAACUGCCAGAGGGAAGCACGGGAAACCCAGCGUUUACACGGAGAAUGGUAGCUGCCAGCUGGCUGUUAUUCUUGGUUGUGACGUUUUGCGCCUUCGCUGCUGGUGCGAUCGAUAUCGUUCACGGGCCCAGCGUUAGGAGCGGAAAGCUCAGGAAGGCCUGGUUCGUGAAGUAUAUGGCGAUACUCGUUCUCUUUGGGAUCGAAAUCAUCACGUUUGCCGCCUUCGGGUGUAUGGCUACUGCCGUAAGGGAAUUCGACUACGACUUGGGCCAGUGGGCUAUUGGGAUUGUUUGUCUAGGUGCUCUGAUCACCGUCUUGUCGACGGCCGUAUAUGCGUGGCGGGUCACGAGGAACAAAUCAGAACUGAGAAAGAGAUUUAUCGACCGAGGAUGA